UCUCAAGCUGCCACCAACUUAUAAGAGGGAGUAGGGAGGAUGGAGCGAGGGAAAAGAGGGAGAGCUAAAAUCAGACCCAAAAGAGAAGAGAGGCAGUAAACCUAGUGACCCACAUGAGGCGAGAGCGCCAUCUGGGUAUAGGGCUGUGCAUGUCUUUCCAUCCUGAAAUCGCCAAACAGAGUCCAAAGAAGCAAUCUGAUUACUACGAUCGGAAGGAGCAGCAAAAUCUACAAAACCUCGUACAGUCCGUCGAUACGGGGAGUUCGUUGCGGAAGGGAUCGAUGGCGCACGGCGUAGGACGGAGAAGGAAGCGUCGGAGCUGACGAAUUCGAAAGGGUUGCGGAGAGUAGUGGAGUUAGAGUGAGGAGGAAUGUGGUGAUUGUUAUUUGAGUCGGCCCGGUCGCAGUUCUGGUGGUUAGCGGUGGGUUAGCGGGAGGAGGAGUUGCCGUCGCCGUUAACGGUGGCGAUGAGAUUCCGCGGCGGUAGAUGCUAGAAGAUGGGAAGAAAGAUCGUGGCGGGCCAUCGAAAAGCCGAGGAAAAGGGAAUGAGAAAGAAUUGGGGUUGAUUGCUGACUUUACCCAUCGAUGUUCGCCUCUGUCCAAGUCGGAGACAUCGGGAUGAGACCGUGCUAACUUAAUCUCCAGCCAUUAGAUGCAAAGUUAAUCAUACGGUUAAAAUUUAAUAAAGGUUAAUUUGGUAA